GCGCAGUGCCGCCUGCCAGGCUGCAGGGAGGAAAAGGGAGUCUUUUUUCUCCUCCUCCUUGAGUCCGCGCCCUUUCCUAUUCCGGGACGGAACCGCAGCAAGAGAAGGCUCUAGCCUGGAAGGGGAAGCAGACCCUGCGGCAAGGAAGGAAGCCUCUUUGGAUGACUUUGCAGCCGGAUCGAGGAGACAGAGAAGCGGCCAAAAAGAAGCAGCGGCAGCAGCGAGGAGAGCCUCCGCCCCGUGGAACGUGGAGCAGCCGCGAACGCGCGUGAUCAUCAAAGCCCCGCCGGUUGUGACGUCAGCGGGGAAAAAACUUUCUUCCCAACGUUCGAAAGGCGCGCUCCCGACAGGCAAAGAGGGCACCCGGGCCCCCUCCCGCCCCGGAGAGACAAGGAGGGGGCAAAGAAAACUUUUCCCCCUUAAUUUAUUUUUUUUUAAAAUUUUAUUUUAUUACAUUUUUAUAUAAUAUUAUUGUAUUAUAUUUUUCCUUCUCUUUCUUCUAAGCCUUGUAUGGACUGUGGUCCUCGCCCGCAGCCAUGGGGAAGAUGCUAUCCAAGAUCUUUGGCAACAAAGAGAUGAGGAUCCUGAUGCUGGGCCUGGACGCUGCCGGGAAGACCACCAUCCUGUACAAGCUCAAGCUGGGCCAGCCAGUGACCACCAUCCCCACCGUCGGCUUCAACGUGGAGACGGUGACCUACAAGAACGUCAAGUUCAACGUCUGGGACGUUGGGGGCCAGGACAAGAUCCGCCCCCUCUGGAGACACUACUACACCGGCACCCAGGGGUUGAUUUUCGUGGUGGACUGCGCCGACCGCGACCGGAUCGACGAAGGGCGGCAGGAGCUCCACCGCAUCAUCAACGACCGGGAGAUGCGGGACGCCAUCAUUCUGGUCUUUGCCAACAAGCAGGACCUCCCCGACGCCAUGAAACCUCACGAGAUCCAAGAGAAACUGGGGCUCACGCGCAUUAGGGACAGGAAUUGGUACGUCCAGCCCUCAUGCGCCACGUCGGGCGAAGGACUCUACGAAGGUUUAAUGUGGCUUACUUCCAACUACAAAUCGUAAUAAUUCUAGGGCCAUACAAAUCUAUAUAAAUAUAUUUCUAUAUAAUUUGCGCGCACACAAAAGAAAUCUCUAACCAAUGAACCCUAGAACAUAUAUUCUCUUCUGUCAAUUCCCCCUUUUCCUCCUCAGUACUUUUGUUGUUGCUUUUCUUUACAAAAGAAAUAUCUCUAGCUGGAGUGGAACAUUUCACCGGAGGUGUUGGUUUCCUUCCGAGUGCUGUGGGGUGCCUUUGGGAUCUGUGCAGAUCGGGGAGAAGUGGGGAAAGAUAGCUGGGGUUGCGUGGCCUCCCGGUUCUCUUUUCUCAUCCGUCUCCUGUGGUUCUCCAACCUGUGGUGUCUCUUAGUUGGUUUUACCCUGGAUUGACUUGGAUAGAAGUUUGGCCAAACCGGUGUUGUGUUGGAUUUGUGGCGGUGUUUUGAUCUGGAGCCCAGAUCUUUUAAGGGAAACAAAAGUCUCCAAUUAAGAGUCCACUUUUGGUUCAAUGUGGAUAGUUGCCUCAGCCCUUUUCUUGCAACCCGGGUUGCCGGAGGAGACCAUGGGCGCAGUAUUAAUUCUCUCUUGUCACAUUCUGCGAUGACACGAGGUUCAUUGGCUGGAACGCCUUGCCGUCGCAGACCGCCUCCUCUUAACACACCCAUCCCGUUGCUCGGGUUCCCUCCUUGUUCCUUGACCUGCUCAACCUGCCUGGCGUGGAAGAGGCAAGGAUGUGCAUGCCCCCGGCCUGGCCAAACCAGUUUCCCCACCACAAGAUGGGUGGGAAGGAAGAAACCACCGGUCGGAGAGGUAGCAAGCGCCCUCUCCCUGCAUCCUAAGCAGCAAUCUCAGCUUUCCGAAGAAGGCUUGAGUUAUAAAAGCAUGAAUGGGUUUUUUUUGGUUUAAGAAGGGACAUUCUGGAUUGCCUUUUGCGGGUUGUCCCAGUUCCACUUGCUUUGCUUCUAUAAUUUCCUUGCAGGACUGAAUGGAUAAGGGGGCUUGUUCUGCUUUGGGUUACGUUUUGAUUCCUUUGUCUCUUUUCUGUUGUAAAAUUGUGCUUUCCGAAAGAAAGUAGAUCUGUAUCCAUUCUGUUAAGCAUUGGUUCUGACCCUCCCUGGACCACACACUCUUGCCAAAUGUCCUGUGGAAAAGAGCCAUUACUUAAUUGAACUUUUUCUUCGGAUCAUUGGGUUGAGCUCAUCUUCUGCCCUGGAAAGUAAGACCUCUUCUUUCAGAGAUGAGGUUUGAGUUGGCUACUAGUUGUUAUGGAGCUUCAUCUCCCAUCAGUCCUACAGCUCAUGUCGAGCCAGGAAUGCUAGAUGUAAUCCGGCAACAUCCAGACGACGGUGUAAUACUCAUCCCAGUUCUACCUGAUUGGAGGCAGGGUGUGUACCUCUUUGUGUGCGUUGAGCAACGUACUCACAAUUGUCAAAUUCGGUUCCCAGCCGCAGAUUUGGAUGCCUUCCAAGGGUUGGCUGCGGAGGUGUUUUUCCUUUAUGUGUUUGUUUUAAUUCUAAUCUUAUUAAUGAAGCUGAUCGUACGUGGCCCGUUCGGGUGUGCACCGUCUUCCCAGAGCCAAACCCAAACGAAGGGACCAAGGAGUUAACUUUUUUUAAAAAAUACAUAUAUAUUCUAUGUUCAUGUUACUUGUCACCAGUUUCCCUGUUUUACGAAGCUGUUCCUCUGUUUGAGACGAAUUUUUAAGAAGCGGAGAUUGGCAGAAGAGCAUUCCAUGGCAUCGGGAAUAAAUGCUUGUCGAAGGCUUUCGUGUCCGGAAUCACUGAGUUGAUGUGAGUUUUCCAAACUGCAUGGCCAUGUUCCAGAAGCAUUCUCUCUUGACGUUUCGCCCACAUCUACGGCAGGCAUCCUCACAACCUCUGAGGAUGCCUGCCGUAGAUGUGGGCGAAACGUCAGGAGAGAAUGCUUCUCCCCACAGCCCGGAAAACUCACAGCAACCCAUUUUCCAAACUGUUCAUUUUAAGACAGAAAGGCUGUUUUGUCUGUUCUCCUCCCAACGCGAAUACUCAGGGAGCACCUGUGUUUUCCAUUCUCCUCCUUACUCUUCUCCUUUCCUUUUGCACUCGGUCGGUUCUUUGGUUUACGUGUUAAAUUCUGCUUUGAAGCCUUCCUUUUUGCUCUUCGAACCAAAGGCUUGAUUAAAACCGUUCCCUUCCUUUAAGAUCAAA